GAUUAAACCCAGUGCCUGUGAUACUUAAGAUAAUGCUAAUUUAACUAGGCCACCUCAACCCAAUGCUAGCGCAAAUUUACAGUCAACUCGUUGUCCGCAGAGUUUUGCUGGCCGUAGAUGCCGUUUAAACCACAUGUCUACAUUGAAUAAAUUAUUGAGAUGCCAGACUGGGCCUAAGGACUGCUGCGGGAAAUACUGCGGGCCCCUCGAUGCACGCCCACUUGUAUCAUGAUUGUCCAGCUGGCCUUUCAGGCCAUAAUAUGCCAGAUAAUUGUAACUGCGACUGCGCGCGGGCUCGCGGCACUGGCUCCGCUGCCGCUCGUGGUGAACUACACGGAUGUGCGGCAGUGGCUCGACGACGGCAACACCGCCAACAUCUUCCUGACGUGGACGACGGGGCCGGAGACGCUGGACGCACUGGCGGUGGAGUGCAUCUCAUCAGUCAUCAAUGUCUAUGCGCACCAGUAUGAGCGCAGAGGCGCGGCGGGGGGCGUGUUCCUGCUCGCCAACGCGCUGCGGGAGGCCGACAUGGACGCACACGGCUGGGUGCGGCCGGGAGUGCACCUGGUGCGGUACGGCGUGGCGGAGGUGUUGCAGGACACGCCUGUGGGUUCGUGGUACGUAGAGAAGCGGGUCGAGCUGGAGGCGGGCAAGUACUGGUUCAGCCACGUCACUGACCUCAUGCGGUUUGCGCUGGUGUACAAGCACGGCGGCAUCUACAUGGACACCGACGUGCUGGUCAUGAGGCCCAUCAGCCCUGCGAACGUGAACAAGCUGGUCCGUGCGGUGGGCGACUCGAGCUGCUUCGAGUGCGCCGUAAUGUUCUUUGAGGCUGGCCACUCCUACCUGUUUGAGGUGCUCAAACAGAUUCCGCGCCACUACCGCGGUACAGAGUGGAUCAGCGCCGGGCCCAAGGCGCUCACCAUCGUGUACGACCACGCGCCCACGCACGCCCUCCACGAGCUGCCAGACCAAGUUGUGCCAGGCGCUUAUCUGGGCAUACGGCUGACUAAGGCCAAGCGUUUCUGGACAGAGGGCCACAUCCGGACGGAGGACUUUAUCGGCUGCGAGGUGAUCCACCUGUGGGGCAGCACGGCACGUGGCUACGUGACCAAGAAGUCAACCACCUACAUCACCGGCGAGGAGCAGGAGGAGCGGCUGAAGCAGCGGGUGGAUGCGCUGAGGCAAAUUUCGUGGUGCCGCAGCCGCGCCCCGCGGUUCGACAAGUGCGCUAACAUCACUGCGUGUAGUGCCAAGGCGAAGGCGCUGGCCAUUUCGUCUAGGAAGUCAGCUGGGGCGGCCGAUCAGACCGGAUUAGAUAGCGUAGAUAAUGACGGAAAAGCUGAGGGCUGGAACGCCGACCGCACCGGAGCUGGAGAGGAGGAGGGUGCUGAGGAGGGCGAAACGAGUGCAGAGGGGUUCGGUGAUGAAAGCGAUGAGGAGACGGGUGACGAGGGGGCAGGAGAGACUGAAGUAGAUAGCGGCGAGGUAGAUGGCGCGCGCAAAACACGAAGGCACGGGUAGCGUCACACGAGGAAGGAGUGAGUUACAGCUUGAGCGUCGUAUGAUCUGGCAGACCGACGAGGUAAUGACUGACGGCAAGACUGACGGUUCGUACGCAUUCGUUCCCACCACACUCGUCAUUGAGUUGCUGCCGGGCACAGGCAGGGCCAGGGGACGCAGGGGCACCGCGUGAAUGAUUUGCGUUGGAGUAAAACGCCGCACAUGGCGAAAAGGGGCGGGAGGAUGCAUGACUGCCGUGGGUAGACCAAAUUUGCGCUGGCUAAAGGGCUGUAGAGGCGGCCUGGGCCCGACGCAAUCCCACGAACACGAUCGG